CAGAAAUGUUCUAACCUGAGAGACAGAUCGAGACAUACAAAAGCAGCAUACUACUAAAGGACUAAGUAAGGACUAGGCAGCCAUGUCGGUUUCUCAGAUCACCCCCACCCUGUUCCUGAGUGGAGCAGACGCCCCCCUCAACCAGGCCCUGGUCUCCCGCAAGGGCAUUACCCUCAUCGUCAAUGCCACCCUCAACCACGUCUGCCCAGUCUACCCAGGCGUGGAGUGCCUGCGUGUGCCCGUCUCCGACCUGCCCAGCGCCCGUCUGGGCGACCACUUUGACCGUGUGGCAGAGCGCAUCCACAGCAACCGGACCGGUGGUACGCUGGUGCAUUGUGCGGCUGGCAUGAGCCGCUCGCCGGCCCUGGUAAUAGCAUACCUAAUGCGCUACCGGGGCGUGACUCUGUGCCGGGCCCACGCAUGGGUGCAGGAGAGUCGGCCCUACGUUCGACUCAACGCGGGUUUCUGGGCGCAGCUACUAGAGUUUGAGAAGAGGCUCUAUGGGAAGAAUACGGUUAAGGUGGCUGCGCCCAUGCCACCUGUGAAGCCGCCCCUGUUGCCAUGGACACUGCGGUCAUCAUGGACACAGCGGUCACCACCGCUGUUGCCCAGGUCACCAUUGCUGUUGUCUUUAUCGCAGGCCAAGAAGUUGAAGAAGGGUAGGCUUGUAAGGAAAUAGUAGAGGAGGGAAGUUUGCUUUUCUGUCUGAAGAUGUGAGGGAAGAACUUACAGCCCUACUGCCUGAGGAUGUAAACAAGGGAAGCAGGCAUGUCCCCUGCCAUGAUUUGAUAAGGGAAAUAUAGUACGAUAAUAAUCUUUGUAUAUAUGUACACUG